GCUGCAACGAUCGGACACUUCCGUUGCGGAGAGCCAAAUCCUCCUGAAUCGGCGUCUACGAUUCGACCUGCCUCAUAGAACCAUGCGUGGCUUCCUCUCGCUGGCAGUGACACUACUAAUGUGCGUUUGCCUGCUGCCGAAUGCUCACGCGUCGCGCUUCCAGUUCACACUGACAUCUCGGAGUGAGGAAUGCUUCAUGGAGGCAGUGAACGCUCGCGCUUCCAACAACAAGGUGCUUUUCCGCUUUGGCAUUCUCGAGCCUAAGAGCUACGACCUAGUCGAUGUGGUGGUGAAGAACCCAUCGCAACGUGAGGUGAUGGCGUGGAAGGCUGAACAGAACAACCAUGGCACGGCUACAGUACGCGAGAGCGGGUUGUAUCACUUGUGCUUCCGCAAGCUCAAGGGCGCGUCAUCCACGAUCACGCUCUUCUACUCCUUCGACUUCAUUUCGACGGGUGCUCGGAGCUUAACGCUGGUGCCCAACGUAGCAGCGACAGUCAGCAAGGACGCCCCAACAGUCCCAGCCUACACGCAGAUGGCUGUGACCACAGUGAACGGCCAACCUACCAAGAUGGGCGUUAUGGAGUUCGAUCUGGUCGGCGUGUCACGUAGCAUUAUUCGUGGCAACACGCGCGUGAAGCUUGUGCUCACUGUGGACAGCAUAUCGGAUGGAGAUCAGGUGGACAUCGCUCUUGCGCUGCUACCCAACCGCAUGCGAUACCCAGUCACAUGGGAGACAUUAGAGAGCUACGCCACGAGCGGCUACCGUGACCAUGUGAUUGAUGACGCUGUGACGGAGCUGGGAAGUCACGUUGCGUUUGAUAUCACUGAGAUCUUUGAGAAUAAGCUGGACGGCAAGACUGAGACGAUCGCCUUCUCGAUCCACGCACACGAGAACAGUGACGCCGUUGUGUUCGGCGUCCACCACGUCGCCGAGGACUAUUUCCCACAGAUCGUUGUUGAAGACCUCGGCUUGGAGCUAAUGCACGAAGUUGCGUUCUUCAAGGAGUCGGUCUUCACUCUUCGUGGUGACAUCUCGUUUGUUAAGCACCGAGAACGAAUGAGUCGUGAUGCUGCUGAGAGCGCGAAUGCCCGCGUCAAGUGGAUGUCCUUAAUUACCAACGUUGUACUCGUGGGCAUCGCGUUCGGCCAGGUUAUCUACAUCCGCAGUAUGCUUGAGAGCGGUUAUUAA